AGCUCCUUGAUUUAUAGGGCAGCUUCUCUCUUCCCGCCCAAACGCUCCCUCUAUUCUCACAUUCCAGCCACUUCCGGUGCGCGUUCACAGGCACUUGAAAUUGCAGUUAACUGUCUGUCAAGUUAGGGUUUUGAAUCCCAUUGUUGCAUACAAUUUGAUGAUUUGAUCUCCUCUAAGCUCUAAUGGCUGUAUCGAACGAGGAAAGAGGUGCUACUGUUGUACUGGAGGAAGAAAAGGAGGGGAACCGUGAAGAGUCUGCUGAUUACUAUUUCGACAAGGUUGGAGAACCUGUGCCUCUUAAACCCCACGAUUCCGUUUUCGAUCUCGAAAGCCUUCCAGCACAGCCAUUGGCGGUGUCCGAACAAUUUAGUGCCAUUUUUGUCGCCCAUCCCGAAGGUUUCUGCGUUGCGAGGACAAAGGACGUUAUCGAGUUGGCCAAGGAUAUUAAAAACAAAGGAAGUAGUUCCUGCAUCCAAGAACUGAGUAUUGUAGAUGUUCCACUUGGUAAGGUUUACAUACUGGCACUGUCUAUGGACUCUUCAACGCUUGCUGCUGCCGUUGGAGGAGAUGUUCACUUUUUCUUGGUCGAUUCGCUUCUCAAGAAGGAGAAAAACCCAUCUUUCCACUGUUCGCUCACUGAUUCUUGCCAUGUCAAAGACCUUCGGUGGAGAAAAAAAUUGGAGAAUUCCUAUGUUGUUCUUUCUAAUCAUGGAAUUCUAUACCAGGGAGUUGUUGGAAGCCCUUUGAAAGAUGUCAUGGACAAUGUUGAUGCUGUUGAAUGGAGUUUUAAAGGCAAUUUUGUUGCUAUUGCAAAGAAGAAUAUUUUAAGCAUCUUGUCAUCCAAAUUUGAAGAACUUUUUCACAUAUCAUUAUUGUUCAAGUCAUGGAUUGGUGAUGCUGAUCCAAAAUAUACAAUAAAAGUGGAUUGUAUCAAGUGGGUACGUCAUGAUUGUAUCAUUCUGGGAUGCUUCCAAUUGACUGAAGAUGGCAAGGAGGAAGGCUAUCUGGUUCAAGUAAUCAUCAGCAGGAAUGGCAAAAUUGUUGAUGCUGCUUCUGAAAAAGUCGUCCUGUCCUUCGAUGAUUUGUUUGAAGGUUUUGUUGAUGAUAUAGUACCUUAUGGAGGGGGACCAUAUUUGUUCUUCAGCUAUUUGGAAAAAUGGGGUUUUGCACUUACUGCUAAUAGGAAGAAUACAGAUCGGCAUAUUGUUUUAAUGAGUUGGUUGCUAGAUGAUGAGCAAAAGGAAGCAUCAGUUAUUGAUAUCACUCGCGAUAAUUUGCUUCCAAGGAUUGAGCUUCAAGAAAAUGGUGAUGACAAUUUGAUUUUGGGGUUUGGUGUUGACAAAGUCUCCUUGUAUGAGAAAGUUAAAGUCAUGGUGGGAGAUGGGGAACGGAUAGAAUUAUCACCAUAUUGCGUUUUACUCUGUCUUACCCUUGAAGGGAAGCUCGUUAUGUUCCAUGUUGCAGGUGCUACAGAAACUACAGUUGCACCACCGAUUUCUUCUGCCUUUACUGACGAGGAAGAUGAUUCUUCGACAAUUUUACCUGUGGGAUAUGAUUCCUCUAAAACUUCAGCGGCUGAACAGCACAAAGUAGAAGGGGCACUUUUGAAUUCUAAAUCUAAGGAAACAACCCAGGGGGCAAUUAUCAAAAAUCAUAGUGACAUUGUAAAGUUUCCUGAGCGGAAUUCUCCAGGCCAGGAACUUAAAGUUCCAGAGAAUUUGCAGAACUCUGAUAGGGAUAGACAGCAUAAUGAGUAUUCUGUCAAGCAGAACCUGGAUAAUUCACAAUUACAGAUUUCUUGGCAGCGAAGCUCAACCUUGGAUCAAGUACCUGUGAAGCCGCCUCCUGUGCUGGGAUUUGGAUCAGCAUUUAGGGAUCCCAGUAAAAUGGAAGGCCAAACGCUUGUUUCGGCUCCUUUAACUGGUGUUAAAAACACUGAUUCUUUGACAGGGAUGACACAAAGUGAUACAUCUAGCAUUGGUCAAUUAUGCUACAAAGAUCCACUUGAAAGUGCUGAGGUGGGAAAAGAAAUCCCUAAGAUGGUUGGAUCAGCAAACAUUCAAAGUGCUUCAUCUGAAUCAUGGUCCCGUGGAAAGCUUUUGUUCUCAAAUGACCCCACUGCAAAAUUAUCAUCAUUUGCUUCUAGUCCCGUUCAAGGCAAUAGGUAUGAAAAGUCUGGUGCAAGUACUGGGGCUACUCGGUUUGCUGGAAGCCAUAGCUUUUCUUCUGAUUUGUCUGGUGGGAGUAUUUUCAAUUCAAGGGAUUCUAGUGCUGGUGCAUCACUUUCUGUCUAUUCAUCUGGUAAAGCCACUCAAAUUGGAGGCCAGAAAGCUUUUACUGGGACAGGAAAUGUUGAAUCAAAACCUACCAUUCGAAGCUCACCAAUUUCAUCCCAGGAAAAUUCUGAUUUAUCUGGUGGGAGUAUUUCCAAUUCAAGGGAUUCUAGUGCUGCUGCAUCACUUUCUGUCUUUGAAUCUGGUAAAGCCACUCAAACUGGAGGCCAGAAAGCUUUUACUGGGACAGGAAGUGUUGAAUCAAAACCUACCAUUCGAAGCUCACCAAUUUCAUCACAGGAAAAUUCUGUUUUAGGGAGGUCUCUAAACUAUAAGUUGCAUCCUACCAAGGAAAAUUUUAGAACAACACAACCCUCAGGCGUGCUGGACUCUGAUCCAGAGUUAUCAAAGCAUUUUGGCAGUGUGAAGGAGAUGGUAAAGGAACUGGAUACCCUUUUAUCACAUAUAGAAGAAGAUGGUGGUUUUAGAGAUGCCUGCACAAUCUCCCAGAAGGAUUCAAUUAUGUCAUUAGAGGAGGGUAUAGAUAAUCUUUCGGAUAGAUGCAGAGUAUGGAGGAACACACUGGAUGAACAACUUAAUGAGGUCCAACAACUUCUAGACAAGACUGCUCAGGUUUUGGUGAGGAAAGUUUAUAUUGAAGGCAUUGUUAAACAAGCUUCAGAUAGCCAAUACUGGGACCUUUGGAAUCGUCAGAAAUUGAGCCCUGAAUUGGAUCUGAAACGACGACAGAUAUUAGAAGUAAAUAAGAAUUUGACGAGUCAGUUAAUAGAAUUGGAAAGGCAUUUCAAUAACCUUGAGCUAAAUAAGUUUGGUGAAGAUGGUGGAGUUCCUUUUGGCCAUAAAGCUUUCCAUGGUAGUUUUGGGACUUCAAGACACACUCAGCCCUUGCAUAGUUUAUAUAACACAAUGAACUCCCAAUUAGCAGCAGCUGAGCAACUUUCUGAGUGCCUCUCAAAACAGAUGGCUUUGUUGAAUAUAGAGUCACCUUCUGUGAAAAGAAAGAAUGUGGCCAAAGAGCUGUUUGAAUCAAUUGGGUUAUCUUAUAAUGGUGAUUGUUUCAACUCUCCAGAUGUAAAGGGUAGUGGCCAUACACCAAAUCCAGUCAAGCGACUUGCAUUUUCUUCACAGAGUACUGCUACUAAGGAUCAGUCCAGAAACCCUGCAAGCGCUAUGAAGAAUCAGGAACCAGAAACUGCAAGGAGGAGAAGAGAUUCAUUGGAUCGGAGUUGGGCUAGCUUUGAACCUCCAAAAACAACUAUAAAAAGGAUGGUAUUGCAAGAUGAACGUCCAAGGGUGACUGGAAUUAAACCACCCCUGGUGAAAACUAAAGAAAUAUUUAGUGCUCGUGUGUGGGAAGGACCUUCCACUACUCUCUCGAAAGACCAUAGAGCUUCUUCACCUUCCUUGCAGACAACCAUUAAAAAAAAUGAGCCACAGAGAUAUGGAGGAAGCAAAGACAUGCAAGAUAGACCUUCAAAACAGGCCUUCGAAAAUCAACCAACUUCUUUGUUCAAAUGGGCUAAUGACCAUUCAGGGCCUUCAGAAUCUUUGGGAUUAAAAGCUCCUACCAUGCAAGUAACACAACAAAGCAAUCCUCUACCAUCUUCAUCAGCAAUGGCAUCUCAAUCAUUAUACAAUGCAAUUCGAAACAACACAAGUGAGACUCAGGAUGUGGCCUCAGAGAGAUCAAUCAUUGGAGUGACUCAUAUUGGGAAGUCUGGUCCAUCCACUGUCCAACCAGUUCCUGUCUCCAGUUUGAAAUCAAAUUUGCAGUCUGAAAAUCUUACAAAUCAAACACUAUCAACCAGUACGAACUUAGCUGAACAGCCACAUGCAACACAAAAGAAAACCACACCUGUAAAGGCUCAAGUGAGUGAUAUGUUGUUGAACAGAGGCCCUCUGACAAAGCCAACUGGAAGUGUAAAACAAGGAGCAGGAUAUCCAGAAAAGUCGGUUGGAAUACUCGAAAGAAGCCAUAGCUCAACAUUUGCCUCCAUGUCUGCUGCUGAAUCUGCUACAUCUCUGCAUGAGAAAAAUUUCAAAUCUGAUACUGUCGCAACCAAAAUCCAAUCAGGUAAUACAAUAUCAUCUUCAACAGUUUCUUCUUCAGCCUCUGUGCAGCCCUUGGUUCCAUCACUGUCGUCAGCUGUUCUUUCAUCAAUUUCCCAAUCUUCUCCCAUUGAGCUAGCAACCGUCCCAUCCUCAUCACCAACCAUAUCAUUUGGGGAACUAAACAAUGUUAAACCCAGUAAAGAUGUUAACCAAACGGUUGCAUUGCAGUUUUCUGCUCCACCUACUCUUCCUUCAUCUUCUUCCUCUUCACAGGCCUCAAAAAUGGUGAUUUUUCCAUCUGCUCCAGAAAGUAAGCCUCCUAUUGGUGAGCUUAUGUCAAAAUCAGAGAUACUUGGCACAUCACAAGCUUCCCUUCCGCAUACUGAUCACCCUGCAAGUGAAUGCAGUUUAAAAUUAGAACCACCUAUGCAACCAAAACCUGCAACUGAAGUCUCUACUGGAUUGGUGUCUGGAGUGCAGCCCAAUUUUAAGAACAUAUUCCGUUCUGCCUCUAUUGUUGCUUCGAGCACUAAAUUUGAACAGCCAUCUAUUGCAAAUGUUCCAGUUGCAGCACCUUUCUCAUCUUUUAGCAGUACCACUGAUGGAAAAAGUGAAAGUAUGGACAAUGUGUCACAGGAGGAUGAUAUGGAAGAAGAAGCUCCUGACACAACAGAAUUGAAUUUGGGAAGCCUUGGUGGAUUUGGAAUUGGAUCAGCCCCCACAUCAGCUGCACCAAAAGCCAAUCCUUUUGGUGCUCCAUUUGCUAAUGCAACAGCAAAUGCUGCAAGCUCUUCAUUCACUUUCACAGUUCCUACUGGGGAGCUGUUUCGCCCUGCAUCCUUUGAUUUCCAGUCUGUACAGCCUUCCCAACCAUCUCAACCAACAAAUCUGUCUACAUAUAGUUGUGCUUUCAGCACUGGACCCACUUCUCCAGCACCUACUGGGGGUGGGUUUGGCCAGCCAGCAGCUAUUGGACCUGGGCAGCAGGCCCUGGGGUCAGUACUUGGUAGCUUUGGACAGUCAAGACAAUUUGGCUCUGGUCUACCAGGAACAGGUUUUGCUUCUCCCAGUGCAUUUGGUGGUGGCGGGUUCUCUGCAACUGCAAAUCCUGGAGGAUUUGGAUCUAGUGGUUCAUUUUUAAGCACUCCUACGGGUGGAGCUAGUAAUGCAGCUAUAGGUGGUGGCUUUGCUGGAGCUGCUGCUUCAGGUGGUGGCUUUGCUGGAGCUGCUGCUUCAGGUGGUGGUGGGUUUGCUGGUGCGGCCUCUGCUGGUGGUGGUUUUGCUGCUGUGGCCUCAUCUGGCGGUGGGUUCUCAGCAGCUCCUGUAGCAGGUAGUGGAUUUGGUGGAUUUUCUGCUUUUGCCAACGGCGGGCCAGGAACUGGAACACCACCGGCUCAGUUAAUAACACAGAUGAGAAAGUAGUUGAAUAUGAUUCAGACUACCAAGGUUUGAGACUUUGGAAUGUUAAUCCGUCAAAUUUUGUCUAUAUUUCCAAAUCUAAAUAGUACAAGUCUCCAAUCAAAUCGUCAUGUUAAUUGGUGUUCCCAAUAGUAAUUAAAUGAAAUGCUCACAAUAACCUCCUAAGCCCCACCUCCCCGAAGAAGAAUGUGAAAAUGUAUCUCGCUUCAUGAUUAUAGAUUUUGUGUACAGUAGUAUAUCCUGCUUAAAUACAUUUGCUGAAUGAAUCUCAAAUACCUUAAUUGAUUUUAA